GUAAACAAAGACUGAAGAACACAAGCAUAGAGUUACUGCUGUAUUCUCCAGCAUUUACCUUUUUAGAUCAAAAACAGAACUCUGAUUGAGAAGAUGGCAAUAAUGUUGUUUUUGGCGUCUCUUCUCCCAGCUGUAUUGUGCAGUGGCUGUAAAUUCAUGCAGUUUGACUGUUCUGAUAUCUAUAACUCAGGAGAAACAGUCAGUGGGAUUUACUCCAUCUAUCCAGCAGGAGACAUUCCUGUCUGGGUUUACUGUGAGAUGAUCUCAGGUGGGAAAGAUGAAGACAACGGAGGAUGGACGGUGAUUCAGAGGAGAAUGGACGGCAGUGUGAAUUUCUAUCUGCCGUGGAAUCAGUACAAGAGAGGAUUUGGGAAUGUGGAGGGAGAAUACUGGCUGGGGCUGGAGAACAUGUACCAGCUGACACGUAACAACAAGUACAUGCUGAGAGUGGAUCUGGAGGACUUUGAAGGAAGGAAAGGCUUCGCUCUGUACUCGUCCUUCUCUGUGGAUUGUGAAUGUGCUGGAUAUCAGCUGCAUGUUUCAGGAUUCACUGAUGGAGGAGCUGGCGACUCUUUAUCUGGCCAUAAUGGACAGAAGUUCUCCACCUUUGACAAAGACCAAGAUUCCUAUGAAAAGAACUGUGCCAAACAGUAUCUCGGGGGAUUUUGGUACGCAGUCUGUCACACUACAAACCCCAACGGUGUGUAUUUAUGGGGUGAAGAUCCCACCUAUCAUGCCAUUGGUGUUGUUUGGUCAACGUGGAAGAAUUACGCAGUCAGCAUGAAAUCCAUCAGCAUGAAGAUCAAAUAUGUUUCUUAGCAACAAUAAGGUUCCUGUGGCUCAGUGGUAGAGCAUUGUGUUAGCAGUGCAAAGGUUGUGGGUUUGAUUCCCAGGGGAGCACAUGUUAGGUAAAUAAAAAAAAAAUGUUAGCCUAAAUGCACUGUAAGAUGUUUUGGAUAAAAGCGUCUGCUAAAUGCAUAAAUGUAAAUGGAAUACCGUACUCCUUAAGAGGAAACUUUUCCUGAUUAUUCAAGAGCUUAACAACAAUAUUUUCCCUCUUUGCUGUGUAACUGAGUGAACGUGUAUUGAAUAUUUCUCAUCUAUAGCUGCUUGUGUAGCACAUUAAAACCAACUGAAUCCAUAUUUAGAUGAUUUGUCACUUCAUAAACCUUCGAUAAACUCCUACUUUAAAUGAAUUAUUCUUUAAAUUCUUGACCUAGACUUUGAGUAGACUAGAAUUAUGUCUGAACCGUGUACCGUAGUUGUACAUGUGCGCUGCUGUGGAUGGUUAAGUUGGU